GAAGGAUCUGGUGCUGUAUUCAAAUGAGCGCGAGCCGUGCGCGUGUGACGUAGCGGAGCGCGCAGUGGACACCGAAGAGAAUAAAAGCGUCCGUCCACUGCUCCAUAAGCUCUUUUAGCGAAGUGUUUGUGCGUCUCUUUCAUCGGUGAACGGAUCAGGAAUGAUUUCAGCACCGCGGACAGCGACGGACCAAACAAAACUCCCGUACUGCCACGAAUCUUUCCAUAACCUUCAGGAGUUGAGACACAAUGCAUCUCUGGCCAAUAAGGUCUUCAUUCAGAGAGACUACACGGAUGGCACCGUCUGCAAGUUCCAGACCAAGUUCCCCUCCGAGUUAGACAGCAGGAUUGAAAGGACGCUGUUUGAGGACACGGUGAAGACGCUGAAUAAUUACUAUGUAGAGGCGGAGAAGAUCGGAGGCCAGUCCUACCUCGAGGGAUGUCUGGCCUGCCUCACGGUUUACCUCAUAUUCCUGUGCAUCGAGACACGCUAUGAGAAGGGGCUGAAGAAGGUAUCUCGGUACAUUCAGGAGCAGAAUGAGAAGGUCUACGCUCCUCGAGGUCUCCUCAUCACAGACCCCAUAGAGAGAGGCAUGAGGGUCAUUGAGAUCAGUCUGUACGAGGAUCACGGCUCAAGCGGUUCAAGCUCAGGAAGCAGCACAACCAGCAGCAGUGGACGAUGAUUCACACACACACAGACACACACACACACGUGUGUGAUGCUUUCAUACUGACGCCUGCUGAACAGACACGACAGCGUCUACUCAGCAUCGCCAAACACACACACACCUGACAUGAACUGCCUCCAGGAGACACAUCAGCUGCUGGAUCAGCAGUGCGUCAUUACCUCAGUCAUAACCGUCACCUUCACUGCCCUGCAGCCAUUGCACAUCCUUCAGUCACUCAGUGUAGAAACACAAGAGCUUCUGUCACUGUAAUAUGCAACUUCACUCACAAACGCCUGUGAUGUAGCUGCCAAUCGGCACACGACAGUCUUCCAUCAUCAAUAUUUUUCACCCUUUUUUGUUUGAGAAUUACUCAAAUUAUUGAACAGAAGUCAGGUUUUAGACUAUGUAGAUGUCAAGGACUGAAAUCUAAGCC